AUGAACCCCAGCCCGAGCGCCGACACCUCCCCAAACGGGCUGCCUGAUAUCAAAAUCGGCUUCGCAUACGAUCCCUCUACCCUGUCCACAUCGCCACCACCGAAGGCAGCCAAGCUCACCGGUAAAAAGGCGCCCGGGCGGCAGAUUACGCGCAACCGCACCAGCUACAGCUGUCAUACCUGCCGGAGGCGCAAAGUGAAAUGUGACAAGGUGCACCCUAUCUGUGGGAGCUGCGUGAAGAAUGGGACCGAGUGUGUCUAUGACCCGGCGUCGCAGCUGCAGCGGGAUGGCAGUACCCGCAGUCGCGACACAGAUGGUCAUGGCGUGAAGCGCAGGAGGGAAGCCUCGAGGCAGCUCGAGGAUGAUAUCGAGGAUCUGCAGUCUAUGUAUGGUCGUCUGAGGCAGGCUGGGCCCUCUGAGCAGAAAUCUAUCGAAUCGCGACUUGAUAAACUCACGUCGAUGAUCGAAAGGCUGAGCAAGACCUCUCAGCCGGUGAUUCCUGCGGACCAGCAGCAGGUUCCUCCGCAAGGUGCCGCUUUGGAUGUACCCAGGAAAGAAGCGCAAGCUCCCAAUGGAGGCUCCAGAACUAGUAGCCCGCGCCGUACGGCUGAUUCAAGCGGUGAUGAAUUCCCUAUACCGGCUGGCCAUGCUACGGACCUGGUAGACCCGGUGGGAUCUCUAAACUUGGGGCAUCUCAGCUUAGAGGAUGGGAGAUCCCGAUAUGUCGGCACGACUUUCUGGGCUUAUAUCUCUCACGAGAUCAAUGAGCUCAAUCAAUUUCUCCGGGAUCAAACUAACUCACAUGAGAGCCCUGGAGCGGGCGAGCCCUACAUAGAAGAGACCGUGGAAAAUGCGACAACGCGUCAUUGGAUGCCCUCGGUUGACCAUACUAGCGUUGCUGCCGGUGAAAAGCAAUCAACCGGCGAUGUUAUCCAGAAUUCAAUACUCUUCCCAUCUAAUUCAUCACCAUCGGUGAAGGAUAGAGUCGUGGAGCCGGAUUCGCUCGAGUACAUGCCUACAAAACGACAGAGUCAUAUCCUGUAUAAAGGCUUUAUGUCGGGUAUUCAAGCCAUCAGUCCUGUGGUUCAUCCACCGACUGUCCUGAACCACUAUAACGCAUUCUGGGACUGGUACGAUUCUAGCAGUUACUCUGGAGAGUCUUGUCCGGACCCGUCAUUCAUCCCAUUGCUUUACGCCAUCUGGUAUGGUGGAUCUGUCACUAUCUCCUUGAGAGCAAUUAAGGCCGAGUUUAAUGGCGCCUCGCGUGCCGCUCUUUCCAAUGCCUACAAUGACCAAGUUACCCGCUGGCUGACCAAAACCUCGUUCUUGCGCAGCCCUUCGCUGCAAGGACUAGCCGCGUACCUCCUAACGCAAACAAUACUCUCCAAGGAGGAAGAACCGCUGACGAGCAGUUUAUUCGUGAGCCUUGCAAUGAGAGUUGCGCAGACGAUGGGCCUCCACCGAGAUCCUGCAAAUUUUGGGAUCCCUGCUUCAGAGGCAGAGGGCCGUCGACGGAUGUGGUGGCAUAUUGUGCAUAUGGACGGCGUUGUCUCAAUGUCCAGUGGGCUUCCUCCGCUGGUAACAGAUGAGAAUUUCUGGGACGUGCGCGACACGAGUGAAUUCAAGGACACGCUUAUAGGGACUCCUGAAGCUGAGCAGUACGAAAGGCAGGUUCGAGCGGGUUUGCGGCCUCGAGAUAACCCCGACGACCCGACAGUUUGUGGAGGUCCCUCAAUGGUGAAUGUCUAUUAUCUGGCUGCACGAGGCAAAUAUGCGAUGGCCCGCGCUGUCCGUCGAAUAAUGAGAAUUCAACUUGGUACUAAGCCGGUUACGCGCCGACACAUGGAAGAGUUGAGGUCCAUCCUCGUUGAUCUCCAAGCCCAACUCAACUCAAUAGUCGAGCGGAUUCCAGAGCCUAAACAAACCGAUAUUCCCUCGAGCGCCUCCAAUCGAUCCUGGUCCUUCUCACGUUCUCCAACGGAAGGCUCGAGCUUGGACCUGGCUCUUCCGGGCGACGCGGCUCCUACCUGCACUGAGCAAUAUCACACGCCAGUUCUUGUUUCUUUCCACAAAUGGGCAAGGAUUGUUCUCAGCCUUUAUGUUGACAAAGCAUUCUGCGUUGCAUAUCAGCCUUUUCUCAAGAACGCUAGGAGCCGGAUCUGGCCAGCUGCAAGACAAAGUGCAAUUCGUCAUUGCCAUGGCUUCAUGGAGAAGUUUGUCUCCCUGGCCACGGACCCUGACUUCCAGCCUUUCCAAUGGAGUUGGCCUGGGAAUCAUCAGCCAAUGCACGCAACCAUGAUCAUGCUCAUUGAUUUAUACGAACGACCAUACAGUCCAGAGGCGCCUCGGUCACGCGCGUUUGUAGACAAGAUCUUCUCGCUCACUGGGCCGGAUGGAGGCGUCGUCGGAGGCGAAGACGGCAUCUCAACUCAGCGACCCUUGAAAGACGGUGGCCGCGAGGCCUGGGAUAUGAUCCGCCGGCUACGUCAGCAAGCAUGGCAAAAGGCCGGGCUCGAUCCUCAGAAACUCUGGACUGAACAGGCACAAAUCCAAGCCGGCAUAGCAGUGCCAGACGAGUGCCUCGCGGCGAACCCUCACUAUGCCGGUUCCUCGGCGCAUCUACAGCCGAUACAUAGUCGGGAGCAACUGCUGGACUUCUCAAAAAUGUUCUAUAAUAUGACGCGCUCCCAGGCACUUCCGAGUAUCGCUACGGCGCUUGGUACGGCGGCUCCCAUGCCACGACCCAGUUCGUUACGCUACGAGCUACCGUCGACUUCAUCUGCUAGCCAUACGCCGACCACAGUGCCGCAUCCUCAAGUCCUCCAACCACCUGCAACCAUUCCUCAGUCUCCUCCUUCUCCUGCCGAUAUACCAAUGUCCACGACCACAAUUCCACCAGCGAACAUGGUCCCUCUUCCUCAGCCUUCCGCUCCCACUCUUCCUUCCGCUCUACCAUUCCCCCACCCACCACCCCUACCUACCUCACCGACUACACAAACAGAAGCACCAGCAGCACAAUUACAACCACAACAAAGCAUCCCCUUCCUCGACGUCUUCUCCCCAUCCGCUCACACCAUCCCGAUCCCCAUCAACGUCCCAACACCGCCCUCAAUGGUAGACCCAAACCUGAAUUUCGACUGGGAUCAAUGGGACGCCGUGUUUGGCCAGCAUCUCCUCGUAUCCGACGAUCUGAUGGAGCUUGACCCUAUCACCGGGUUCGAGUUCGGUGAUCUUGGUCUCCCGGGGAGGGCUAGUCGCGCUGGGAGUUUGAAUGGGAGUUUGAAUGGGAGUGAGACUGGGAUGAGGAUGGGUGGUGAUAGUACUGGGAUGCGGAGUCCGGGGUGGUGUUAG